CCUAAACCUAGCAGCGGCGGCGGCGGCGACUCGCUCAUGGGCUGCGGUGUCGGCAGCGGCGGUAGUGGCGGCGGCCGGCGGUGAGGUCGCACUUCGGCGGCGGGGCGGCAUGGCCUGCGAGGCGCCGCGGUUGCUGGCUGGGCAGGGGAGCGGCGGCAACGGUGAUUUAGGCGGCGGCGACGGCUUUGACCCACGACAAGGAGCUCGAUUUCCAGAGGCCACUCAAAUGGAUCCAGGAGACGUGCUGUUCAUCAGAUUUCAUUUUGAAGGCCAGUUUUUGAAUGAUGGGAAAUCACUUGAUAUAGUGGGGGAAAAGUGGCCAUGUCAUUUGUUUAUCGCAAGAACUUCUUUUUUUAUCUGGUUCAGAGUUUUGGUACGCACUGCCAAACAAAGGAUGACAAGAUGUUUCAUUGGUUAUAUCCUGGAAAAGAGAUGGUUUGCGGUCUGAAAAUGGUUGCUUUAGACACCGAUUGCAAGCAGAUUAGAGAUUGUGUUGCUGUUGGAAGUAUAGCUGAAAUAUAUGUGGAGCUAUAUCCAAAUUCUGAAAACGACAAACACGACAGGGAUCCAGGCAGAGAUGUUGAGCUUCUGAUGGGUCCGAAUGCUAAUAGUAAAUCAGAGGGAGCUGCAGAUCAUUUUGUUGCAUUGGCUACUUGUCCACCUAUGGACAAUGAUUGUGUUGCAAUCAGUAACUCAAAAGAGCCUGAAGAAGAAAAUUCAGAUGCUGAAAAUGACAAUUCAGAUGCUGAAAAUGACAAUUCGGAUGCUGCAAAUGAAAAUUCAGAGGAAGAUGAAGACGAGGAUAGCGGCGAGAGUGAUUACUGCCCUAAUGAUGACAUCAUUUCCGAUGAAGAUGAAGAGGCUGUCGAGAUCAACAAGAAAUAUAAGGAGUAUAAGGCAAAGAUGAAGGCUGGACAACUAGAGCACCGUGAUGAUGCUAUGCUAGAUAGUGGGCCUGCAAUAGGGUCAUCAAAUAAGGUGGGGGAAGAAAAUGAUGGAAAUGGUACUGCAUAUGAAGAUAGCUCUGAUUUGUAUGAUUCUUUCGAUGAGAUUGGCAGUGAUGGUGAAGUAAAGACAUUCAGGUUUAGAUAUAGAUGGUUCAAGGACAAAGGGGAGGUACCAGAGUUUACUCUUGGUAUGAAGUUUGAUGGCAAUGAAGAAUUUAGGAAAGCAAUUAUCAGAUAUGGUCUGCAUCACAAGAAGCUUAUCAGAUUUCCAAAAAAUGACAAGGCAAUAGUUAGGGCAAAGUGUGAUUGGCCAACAUGUCCUUGGGUAUGUCUUUUGAGUAAAACCUCUAGAUCAUGUAGUUGGCAGAUCAGCUCUUUUCAUGAUGUUCAUUUAUGCCCAAAAAGGAAGGACAAUAAGUUAGUUAAUUCCACAAGAAUUGCUCCCAAGUAUGACAAGCUAAUUAGAUCUAAUCCAAUGUGGAAGAUUUCAAGCUUGAAACAACACAUUCAAGAAGAUAUGUUUGCCAAUGUGACUACUGCUCAGGUGAAGAGAGCUAAGAAGAUUGUGAUGAAAAGGUGGCUGGAUGCAAGGAAAGGUCAAUAUAGCAGAAUAUUUGACUAUCAGUUGGAGUUGUUAAGGAGUAACCCAGGUAGCACAGUAGUGGUUAAAUUAGAACCAAAGCAAGUGAAGCCUAUCUUCCAAAGGAUAUAUAUCUGCUUGGAGGCAUGCAAAAAGGGGUUCAUCGUUGGCUGUAGGAAGGUUAUUGGACUUGAUGGGUGCUUUCUCAAGGGAGAAACCAAUGGAGAUAUUUUAUGUGCCGUAGGGAGGGAUGCCAACAACCAGAUGUACCCUUUGGCAUGGGCAGUAGUUGAACAAGAGAACAAUGAUAAUUGGGACUGGUUUUGUUCUUUGCUUUUCAGAGAUGUGAAUGUGCUAGAUGGUGAUGGUUGGGUGAUUAUAUUAGAUCAACAAAAGGGUAUCAUCACCGCUGUUUCAAAUUGGGCACCGAGGGCUGAACAUAGGAAUUGUGCCAGGGAUAUUUAUGCCAACUAGAGGAUGAAGUUCAAGAAUAAGGAAUGGAAGAAACCAUUCUGGGCUUGUGCAAAGGCUGCAAGUGUAAGCUUUUUCAACUAUUGCAGAGCCAAGCUUGCUCAACUUACAGUCCUUGGAUCUAGAGCAAUGCUAAAACUGAUCCAAAGCAUUGGUGUAGAGCAUGGUUCAACUUAGGCAGCAAUUGUGACUCUGUCGACAAUAAUAUGUGCGAAAGUUUUAACAAAUGGAUAGUAGAAGCUAGGUUUCUCCCAAUUCUUUUCAUGCUAGAGACAAUUAGGAGAAUGGUGAUGGUUAGAAUACAAGAGAACAGAGACAAAUGUGAGAAAUGGGAUGAUCCUAUAUGUCCCAACAUAAACAAGAAAUUAAGCAAGGCCAUCGAUGUAUCUGGGAUAUGUCAUGCAGUUAGCAAUGGAAAUAAUUGUUUUGAGGUGCAACAUGGAUCUCAAAGGUUUACAGUUGAUCUCAACCAGAUGACCUGUAGAUGUAGGUAUUGGCAGUUAUCUGGUAUAGUUUGUGCUCAUGCCGUCUCUGCAAUCCAUCAACACACCAAUCAGUUACAUGGUUAUGUGGCUAGUUGCUACUCAGUGGAAGCAUUCAAGAGAACCUAUGCACAUUGCCUGCAACCAGUUGAAGGACCCCAAGGUUGGCCCGAAUCUGACAAGCGUAAACCACUAGCUCCUAGAUAUGUUAAGAUGCCAGGAAGACCUCGGAAAGAGAGAAAAAGAGAGGGUACUGAAAAACCAAAAGCUACCAAAGUUUCGAGGGUUGGAACUUUGAUUAGAUGCAGGAAAUGCAAGUGUAUUGGUCACAAUAAAACUGCAUGUCCAGGAAAUGCUUCUUCAACUUCAAAUGGACCAGCUACAACUGGACAAAAUGCAGCUUCAACUUCAAAUGCUAGAUCAUUUACCAAGUCCAGAAGCAAUGCAAAAGCCUCCAAGAUGUCUACUUCCAA